ACACAGAUCUGAACUUCCUGUUUCUUCACAGACUGAGCCCGUCAGGCUGGGACCCGCAGAAGUUUUUGUUCUACCAGAACCAGAACCAGGACCAGAACCAGAGGCAGACCGGGACGUGUCUGCAGAGACAGAAUGUCUGUCAAUCAACAAGGCAUGCCUCGACCAGUCACUGCGGUGGCUUGGACCUCCAACUCCUCCACCUGCCCUAAAGACUUCACCCUGAUCAAUAUCACAGAAGACGGCGUCGCAGCAAAUUUCACACGCUUUGGGAUCAAGUCCGGGUAUUACCUCUGUUACAGCAAGGACUUGGCGGGCGGCGUGGUGGUGACGGACAUUCAGAUCAUUACAGACAAGGAGGCCAUUCCUCACGGCUACUGCUACAUACCAGAGCACCUGGAUUCCAAGGCUGCUGUUUCCAAGAGGAAGCGUGUGUGUGUGCGCGUGACCCCAGUGGGCAGCGUGGACACGGCUGUGCUGGAGAUCAAACUGACAGCCAGAAACAAAAUGAUGCUGCAGUACUACACAUACGUGGGAGACAUCAACGGGUACGUUCUGUGGUGCAGUAAGGGGCAGUUUUCUGCCCCGCCUCCUCAAACCAAGCCCCGCAGCGUCAGCCUUGACCUGCACCGGCUCUCUCUGGAGCAGGUCAACCCUCCCUCUCUGCUCAAACCCAGCAACCCUCCUCCUCGUCUGCUACCCGGCAGGAUAAGUCAGCGGCGCCACAGCCUGAAUCCUGGCAGCGACUCAGUCCAACAUUUUGAUGGCAGCUUGCAGGGAAUCACAGCUCUGGAUGGAGUUCCCUUCAGCCUGCACCCCGACUUUAACACCCAAUCGGAUGGGAUGCUGAGCUCUCAGAUGAACGACAUCUAUAUCAAGUCCCUCAAGGAGAUCGAAAACGAGUAUAGCUACACAUUUGCUGUUGAGGAAUCCGCCGCCAGAAGAAACAGGCCGUCGGUAUUUUCCGGAAGUUCCUUCUCGGCUCAGUGAUCUUCGGACCAGCGACGCAUUUCUGUCUUUUCCAUCUUCUCCAAGAAGGUUUUGUUUAAAAAGGUAAAGUCUCAAAUGAAGGAAAUGUUGUUCCCAAACUUUGGCUGAACAUUUUGGAGAGGUGUUUACUUUGAUAACUUGAAAGCCGUUUUGUCUUUUGGGAAAGCGUCUUUCACAGAAACCUCAUGUGAGCCACAAACUUCCUGUUUUUCUGUUGGAAUAACAUGGAAAAAUGUGGAUUUCUGGACCCAACAACCAAACCGAACUUUUUGCCUUAAACGACUAGAUUUUCAAAUUCAGGAAACCUUCUGUCUUGUUUUUACAAAAAAUAAGUUGCACUUUUCCACCUGUUGUUUCUUGAAUUCUUGAUCUGUUUAUUGCGUUCAUAUUUAAUCCCGUUUUCUCAGCCAGAUCUGUAAAAUAUGUUAAACUAAGUAGUUAGAGGUGCCUGUAGAAUAAAGUGUAGUUACUUGAUACUUGUUAGACUUGGAUAUGUUCUGUUUUAUAUUAUUUCUGGGCCAAAUAUUUAUAAAUGGUGAAUAGAUUGAUUGUUUUUUUGUGUUAAAUGUUACAGCAAACUUGUCCUGCCUAGAAAAUAAAAGGUCAAAAACUCA